CUCCUGUCAGGAACACCCUGGCGGUGGAUCUCUGCCUUCAGACGGCGCUGAGACGCACCGACAGGCGGACACACUCGGCGCGAUUCCCGGACUAAUGUCCUCAGCCUGCCCCGCUCCUCUGCUGGAGAAUCCCCGCAGCCGCCAGGAUUUCAUUCAUGUCUUAAAGGUUUCCUUCUGGAUUUCAAAAGCAAGCACUGCAGCGCCCAGACCUUUGUAAAUCAGAAGUUGUACAAUGCCAACAGCAGACGAGCCACGUGAUUGUUUGCAGGGCAUCAUAGAGCCCAAGAGUAUAAUGUAGUCCCCACUGACUCCUUCUUCAAAACAAAGUCACUGGGCUGAUUUGGGCUACGGAAGAAAUGGAGAAAGCUGUUGAGGAUUUAAAUUUGUCCUUUCUGCUGGAGCAUGAAAGGGAAAUGAUCCUGAAGGUGCUGCAGAAAGACGAGAAGCUGAGGAAACGUGAGGAGAAAAGGAUACGAAAGUUAAAAAAUGACCUGCUGGAGAUCAAGCGAAAAGGUUCCCGCCGGCCGCAGGACUCUGAGGAGCGGCAGUGCGCUCGCUGCCUCAAAACAUUAGGGCUGAUCUUUGACCGUGGCGAACUCUGCGAUGAAUGCCGGCUGCGCAUUUGCAGCGACUGUCGUGGAACGAUUGCCGGCUCACACAAGUGGAGAUGCAACGUCUGUGCCAAGAUUUCGGAGCUGAAGGUGGUGACUGGAGAGUGGUUCCUGGAGGAACGGUCCAGGCGCUUUGAGCAGAAAGCGCUGAGCAGUGACGUCGUCAAGCAGACUAUCCUGAGCGCCCCAGCAAGUGCAGAAAAGAAGUCAACAGAAAACCUGUCAGCGUCCUCUGAUUUAGAGAAACCAGACACUCCAAAAUCCAACAGAAGUGCAGUGCGCAACAUCAUGGAUGGUGCCAGAAAGAAAGGACGGAUGAAAAUUGGUAAGAAAGGCAGCCGCGCCACCCUGAAACCAGGGAACGGAGUCGACAGUGUCAGCAUGAAGUCGUCUUCAGAUGGAGAAACUCAAAGCGUUCGUUCUGCUCAGAGUCAGCAUUCAAACAGGAGCAUUGCAGUGGCGUUGGAGUCCUCGGGUUUGCCCACGGUCCCCAACAAUCUCCGUUCCCAAACUCCAGCUAAAUCACCCAACCCCAGCAACAACCGGAGGGUCAGGCCCGACGGAGCGGAAAGCGUUGCCAGUGUGCGCUCCAGCGAGGGUCUGCCUGAGAAGGAAGGGACGGGACUUCACCUCGCAAACUCGGGCACACCGACCAUCUCUGUUUCCUGUGCAUCUGUGUCGUCAGAUCACAGCCGCUCAGAAAUGGACCUGUCAGCUCCGGGAUCCGACCACAGCGACGAUGGCCUAAGCCUCAGAAGCCGCUCAGUCCCCGGGCUCAACGAAGCGGAGUUUUCCGACGAGGACGCAGAGGAAGACAUCGAUGCCCUGAUGUCGGCACACAGCCUGAGUAGGGGCGGACGCCUUAGCAACGCCGCAUCAACGUCCUCCACUCCCGGCACAGAAAGAAGGUGGGGGUACCUAAACAUCCCCGACUCGGAUGCUGAGACUAGCAGCCUCAACAGCAUGAUGAGCAUGUACAGCGAGACGGGCGACUACGGAAACGCCAGGGUGAGCGGCGAGAUUCUCCUCAACAUCAGCUACAGCUACAAAACAGGCGCCCUCAACGUUCUGGUGAAAAAGUGUUACAACCUGGCAACGGGAGACGACAGGAGGCAGCGCACAGACGCGUAUGUGAAGACCUACCUGCUUCCUGACACGUCCCGCCAGAGCAAGAGGAAGACGAGCAUCAGACCCAACACCAUCAACCCGGUUUUUAACGAGAACCUGCGAUACGUGAUCAGCCACUCGCAGCUGGAGACUCGAACCCUGCAGGUGUCUGUGUGGCACCAUGACCGCUUUGGAUACAACAGCUUCCUGGGAGAAGUGGAGCUGACCUUUGACUCCUGGGAGUUCGACUCUCAGAUAGAGGAGUGGUACUCUCUGCAGCCCAAGGUAGAGAGCAGCACUGACUCCACCAUGCACUACAAAGGAGAGCUGACUGUUGUGCUGAAGUACAUUCCUGCAGAGAAAAACCUCACACUGCCUCUGGACCAGGUUCAAGUGAAGAAGAGCUUCCUGAAAGGCAAGAAGACAAGCAGCUUCACGCUGCCUAAAGGGGGCAUGGUCGAGCUGCUGGUCAAAGGGGCCAAAAAUCUAACAGCGGUCAAGUCUGGAGGCACUUCGGAUCCUUUUGUGAAAGGAUACCUCCUCCCAGACAAUAACAAGUCAACCAAGCACAAGACGGCGGUGGAGCGGCGCACCGUGAACCCGCAGUGGAACCACACCUUCACCUACUGCGGCCUGCAGGACGGAGACCUCAACAACAUCUGCCUUGAGCUGACCGUGUGGGACAAAGAGGCUUUGUCCAGCAAUGUUUUCCUAGGAGGAGUCAGGCUGGGAGCGGGGACAGGCAAAAGCUACGGGAACGAGGUGGACUGGAUGGACUCGUACGGGGAAGAGCAGCAGGUCUGGCAGCGCAUGAUCGAAAACCCAGAGGUUCCUCAAGAGUGCACUCUGACGCUGCGGUCGAGCAUGCGCAAGUGCAACACAUGAACUUAGACCGAAGCACAACGGAAGAGAGAAUUACAGGGAGGGAAAGAAGCGGAGGAAAUGGUCUGAAGUUGUGGGGAGAGAGCUGGAGAGGUCGAGCGGUCAAGAAAAAAAGCAAGCAGUGACUCAACUGGAACCGCUCCUCUUUGUACUUUCUUUCUUGUCCAGAUCUCCUCUCCUGUCCACCACAGCCAGUCAUGCCUUACUCUCUCACCCACAUGUGCCCCUCUUUCCUCCCAAAGCAUCUGUCUUGACCAAGCACUGCUGCCGUUUGCUGCUGUUCUAGGAAACCUGUGUUGUAUUUAACUUCGUGUAACUUAUAUAGAUAAGCACAUGGUUACUCCUGAUGUCUCGGUCCUCGUCUCGUCUGUGGGUCAUUUCUGCAUGUAGUAACAGCUAAUCGAAAUUAUUAAAGGUGUAUUAGAUGAGGCAUUGGUUAAUACUAAAUAUAAACAUUCCCUCUAUAAGCAACAAAGUCUUGUUGCUUGUAUAUACAGUAUCUCAUUGACAGUAAUGCAUACUGAGGGGAAAAGCAGCUAAAUCUUUUACAACAGGACAUAUGAUACAGAUAUUCAUACGCCCUUCUUUCUAAUAUUAAUAUCAUUCUGGACAGUAGAAGAAACCGGAGAAGUUACUGUAGAAAACCCGAGUAGAUUUGUGAAGAACAUAAUCAUCUUGUAUUGAUGAUGGAAACUGGCUUAAGUUUCCAAAAAUGAAAACUUGAGAGUUUUCAUUUUUGGAAAAUAUCUUGGAAGAUUUAUUUUUUUUAGUUCUUGUUGCAUUUGAUGAUGUGAAUUAACUUGACACAAAUUUGUCCAGAAAGUAAAAAUAAAAAAAUGCCAGUGUAAAGAAAAUGCAAAAUAUUCGCUCAAAAUUUUGAUGCUGGGAAAAUUGCCAAAUGAAGAACAGCGAACAGCUCCAGCUAUCCAGGAAACAGAAUAAAGCCAGUCAAUUCUAAAAGUGCUCAAUGCAACUUUUCUGAUUCACUCAUUUCUUUUCACAUGUAUUUUUUUUUUUUUCUUCAAAAUUUUAAUUAUAGUUUUCACAAAAUCCUGGACACCUAUGGUUCCUCUUUGAAUCCUGUCUCCUGUUUACUUUGACAUGAGCUCUUUGGUAAAGUUCAGGUAUUAUUUAAGAUUUUGAGAUGUUAACCAGCUAAUAAUCAAAAUGAGUUCAGUGCAGUAAGUAAUAAUGUAAGCAGAAUUAGCAAUGGAGUAAAUUGGUAUUAUGUCUAUUAAAUAAAUUGUAUUGCCGCUGCUGGUUUAUUAAACAGUGGGGUCAAGAGUCAUCCCUUUAUAGAUGAGUUUAUCUGCUUUCCCCCUCUGGUUUAAAGAAAAUAUAUAAAAUGAGGCACAAAAGUCCGGUCUGAUAAGGAAAUUUAGACUAGCUUUUUUUUUUUGUAAAGUUACAUAACACUGUAUCAGUGUGUUCAUUAGGGUAGAGGAACAAAAAGGUUACACAAAGCACUGAUGCUGACAUCACUUUGCACCUAGAGGAGAAGGUGUGAUCUGCAGCGUUUUCUCAGGAACCCUGAGCCGGGUCUGCGUGUUACAGAGUGAGUCAGCACCAACGUGAGCUGCCAUCUUCUCAGGGAGGGGGGGCCCAAUCAUGAGCCACUGAUAGUCAGACGCUGACCUUGUCAUUGCUGCCCGGGGCGCUGUGAUCAUUCGUUCUGUGAUGUGUUCUGCAGUUCACCGAAACUUUUCCAGAUAAAAACAAACAACCUACAUUUCAUGUGGAAUGCCAGUUGUAUUUCCCAGGUCUCUGUAAACGUCCGCUCUAAACUCCCAGAUACAAAGUAAUGAUAACUAAAAUUCAUGUGCAGACCGUUUAGCAUGACCGAGAAUCUCAUGCAGAGUCUCAAUCCAGAGGAACAUAUUUAUGUACUGCAUGUACCGUCUCUCUUGUGUCUGGUUCUGAUCAUCAAACUCACCUUUCAAAAGCUUAUCUUCUCCCAAAUGUGCUUCAAGAAUAUUUUGAAAUAAAUGCAUCUUUCCAUAGUCUGUAAGAUGGUUUUAUUGCUUUAUGGAGAAUAUUACUGAUAUAAAAAAAAUAUAUCUGA